GAGGUUGAUUUUGGUUCUGUUCUGUGCAACUGACGGCGGUUGGACAGGCUGUGGCUAGCUGUCAACGCGUCGCUAACUGGAGAGUGAGCGGAAAGUAUCAUGGCUGCUGCUGCAAGUCUCCAGCCCUAAGUGGUUGUUGUUCGGCUGCCAUUCAUUCCUGUGACAAGCGCACAGCUCUGACACUCCCUCUACACCGGGCAGUCAAAGUGCGCGUCGAGCGGGCUGCCUACACACUCCUUGUAUCCACGUGCUCAGUUUGAGUGCAUGGUGGGGCGUAACCAUGGCGGCCAUGGACGAUUUGGAUGCCCUGCUGGAUGAAGCAGAGAGUCUUUUCACCAAAAAACCAGCCACUCGACGAGUUCGAGGCAUCUCUGAGCCCGUGCGGCCCAAUCAAGCUCGCCUUCAUCAGGCGCGUUCCCCCAGCGCCGUGAGGCGCUCACCGCGGCGCUCCUCGCUCACCCCUUCUGAGAACCCUGUUUCGCCAAAGUCUGAAGCAACUAGCCUGCUGUCUGAUUUGGCCGACCUUUCAGCGACGCGAUCGCGACCCCAUCCGGUUGGCAGCUCAGCUCUGGCCACCAGCACCAGCUCAUAUGGCUCGACCAAGUCGGGCGCAGGGCGGUUGAGCUCAGCGGCACGACGCGUCAAAUGCAACCGCCUGAUUCUUGCGGGCUCUUGCACCCCUAUGGGCCUUUCCACCGGUUCUCGGCCCAGGUAUGCUUCGACACGGGAUCUCAGACGCGCUUGGCUCGAGUGCGCGAACAGGAUCGUUGCUGCGCCCUGCUUGUUUAAGCUCAUGAUGAUCAUGGCGUGGUGCCUGCCGAUCUCCAGAGCUUGUGACCGUGCGCGCUGCACCAAGUGCGAUCAUGCCGUCCUCCACUUUGAAGACGCGCGCUGGCAGUCCGACUGUGAGGUUCUCUUUUUUCGAAACUACGUCCCGAAUCGGGUCAAGCUCAGCACCAAGAUUGAUGCCCUCCCGGUCACCGCCAAGAUGCCUUGGCCUUUUGGAAAGAAAAAGACCAAAGAGUCUCGGUCUGAUAGUGACGCGUCACAAACCGAAUCCGCAGCCGCGAGCGCCGUCAAAAGUGUGGCUGCCAAAAACAAGAAAUCUGCCACUCUCAAGCAUCAGACGAGUAACACGACCGUAUCUGCGGCCGUGGCUGCUGCUACCAAUGCCGCUGCCACCCCGCAUGAGCGUCUCUCGCGCUGGCUCCUACGCUCCAAGACCCGGCAUGAAGAGCCCCAGAUUCCGCCCAUGGUCCGCAACUACAAGGUUCCUGCAAACCUCGAGGAGCUCGUGACCGCCCUGACCGCCACUGAAGGCACCCCCUUUACCCGGUUUUUGAGCAACAAAAAGACUUCAAGCGUCCAUUUGCGCCUCGAUCUGACCACCUAUCAGAUCAACUACUACACCGGUGGUUCCACUGAAGGCCGUCCCACCGCAUCGACGAGCGAUCCACCCAACCAGACCCCACAGGCCACCUCGUACCCGAGAACUGAUCUUUAUGUUGCUUCACGUCAUUGGGUGUGUGCGGCGUUUGCAGUCAAUCUUUUCUUCCUCCAAGAAAUUCGCAUUGGGGAGGAUGCCUUCAACACCAAG